AUGGAAGCCAAGGAUUAUCCUCCAAGUUUCACCAGUCGGAGUACAGACUUUGUCUCGUCUGAUCAACAGUCCGACAGCAGGUGUAUCAUCGAUGAUGAAAAGCUACCUCCUGUUGAUGGAGGUACGCAGGCAUGGCUCUUUCUUAUAGCCUCUGCUAUGCUUGAGUCUUUAGUAUGGGGAUACGCUUUUGCCUUUGGAAUUUUCCAAGACUACUACAGUUCACAUCCACCAUUUGCAGGAUCUGGACACAUUGCUAUCAUUGGUACUUGUGCUAUGGGCAUCGCGUAUCUCAUUGCCCCACUGGCGAUCAUUUUCAUGAUUUUGGUGCCUUCAUGUGCUCGGUGGGUAUCUACUGCUGGAGUUUGCAUUAUGUGCUUCUCUUUGGCAAUGAGCUCUUUUUCCACCAAUGUGACACACCUCAUCUUAUCACAGGGAAUUGGCUUUGGAACUGGUGGUUGCUUAGCAUACACUCCAACCAUCUUGUUCAUGUCGGAGUGGUUUGCAAAGCGAAAAGGCCUUGCUUUUGGAAUUGUCUGGGCUGGGUCCGGUAUAUCGGGAAUCAUCUUCCCACUAGCCAUCCAGUGGCUACUUGGCCAAUAUGGAAUCAACGCAACACUUCGAAUCUCAGCAGUGACAUUAUUUAUACUUGCCGCACCUUUCCUCUAUUUCCACCGACCCAGAAUUCCCAUGAGAGAGGUUCAGUACCACAGAUUGAACUUCCAUUUCUUAUACGACAAGACCUUCAUUGUUUACCAGCUUGGAAAUACCCUGGAAGCAGUCGGAUUCUUCCUACCAACAAUUUACCUCCCGAUAUUCGCGCGCAGCCUCGGCGCCAAUGACUUCAUGGCUUCACUCACCGUCACCCUAGUCAACCUAACCACAGUUUUCGGCUCCGUGUGCAUGGGAUUCCUAUCAGACAGAUACCAUAUCACAACCUGUAUCCUGAUCUCAACCAUCGGCACUGUCCUAUCUGUCUUCUUCCUCUGGGGGUUCGCAACCUCCAUCGCACCAUUAUACAUCUUCUGCAUUGCCUACGGCCUCCUCGCAGGCGGGUUCUCAUCGACAUGGGCGGGCGUUUCCAACGAAGUCCAACGCGCCAACCCAGCUGCAGACGCGACGGUCAUCUUCCCAUUCAUGGAGACGGGCCGAGGAAUCGGCAAUGUAGCCAGUGGCCCAUUGAGCGAGGCUCUGCUGAAAGCAGACAACUGGCGUGGGCGUGCAUAUGGCGCUUACGGGAGUGGCUAUGGUACACUGGUAGUCUGCACCGGUGCCACGGCGCUAUUGGGUGGAAUCUGUGUUGUGGCGCGUCAAUUCAAGUGGAUAUAA